AUGGCCUCAGCAGGCCUCCAGCUCUUUGCUUUCAGCCUGGCCUUACUGGGGGUCUCUGGGGUGCUCAUGGCCACGCUGUUGCCCACCUGGAAGGUGCAUGUGGACCCGGGCUCCAACGUCCUCACAGCCAUCACCCAGCUGCAGGGGCUGUGGGCGGACUGCACGUGGUACAGCACAGGCAUGUUCAGCUGCACCCUCAAGUACUCCGUCCUGUCCCUGCCCACCCUCGUGCGGGCCGCCCGGGCCAUGAUGGUGCUGGCCUGUGUCCUGUCAGCGUUGGGGGUCUGCGUGUCCACAGUCGGGAUGGCAUGCACUCGCUUAGGAGGGAACAGGAAAACCAAAGAACGGGCUGCACUGACAGGCGGCGUCUGCUUCUUGUCGGCGGGGGGCCUGGGCCUGCUCCCCGUGGGAUGGUACACCAAGGAGAUAGUGGCUGACUCUGUGAGACUGGCGGGGGCCGAGGGCAGGGGGCAGGAGCCGGGGAGUGCCCUCUAUGUGGGGUUCGCGGCGGCAGUGUUGCUGUGCCUCUCUGGCAUGAUUUUCUGCCUUUCCUGCGCACCUGAGGGCUCACGGGCUGGAGCCCAGCCACCCUUGCGGCCAGACAGGAGUCCCACCACCCGGAUGAAGAGCCAUUUGGCAUACCACCUGCAGGACUACGUGUAAACACAACCUACCUCGCUCUGCGUGAAGCCGUGGGCUGCCUGCUGGGAUUAUUCAAAAUGUCAUUUUCAAUGGGGAAAA